GGAAGUGGGGGAAGACUGCGAAUGGAAGAGAGGAGGCAGGCCGCUGAACGGAAGUCGUGCGGCUGAGGGGAAGCGAAGCGGCUUCGAGUGACGGAGCGAGGAGGAUGAACAACAAAUUCGACGCGACAUAUAGUCCCCCUUGUCAUUCUCAAAGUCCUGUUAGUUUGAAGGAUGACGACAGUGGCGAUCAUGACCAGAAUGAAGAGAACAGCACACAGAAAGAUGGUGAGAAGGAAAAAAACGAUAAAGACAAACCCCAAAACAGCACCAAGAGGAAGGCUAACUCUGUUCACUGCCAGAAGUUCAGUCCUGACCAGCUCAAGGUUAACUCAGCCUUCCAUCCUUUCAAGGCUGCGGUUCCAGGACCGGCUGAGCACCCUCUGCAGUAUAACUACACCUUCUGGUACUCCAGACGGACACCGGGAAGACCCACCAGCUCUCAGAGUUACGAACAGAACAUCAAGCAAAUUGGCACCUUUGCCUCUGACGAUGCCAACAAGAACGGGGGCAAGUGGAUUAUCCGCCUGCGAAAGGGCCUCGCAUCUCGGUGCUGGGAGAACCUCAUUCUGGCCAUGCUGGGAGAACAAUUUAUGGUGGGGGAAGAAAUCUGCGGGGCCGUCGUCUCCGUCCGUUUCCAGGAGGACAUCAUCUCCAUAUGGAACAAGACGGCCAGCGACCAGGCCACCACAGCCCGGAUCAGGGACACCUUACGACGAGUCCUCAACCUUCCCCCCAACACCAUCAUGGAGUACAAAACGCACACGGACAGCAUCAAGGAUAACUCCAGCUUCCGAAACACCAAGAUUACAUUGUGACAAGGAAGUGAGGAUGCACUACCAACCAGCUCCUCCUCGGUCCGGCCUGGAGACGGAGGGAAGGCGCCUCCCUCGACGCCCUGCAGUCAAAGUUUGUGGGACGGCCUGGACCCUUGACCCUUCAAGACGUCCUUUACACCCGUGUCAAAGACUGACCUUCCGGCAGACUAGGGACCUGCCAGGCCGAGCAGGGAAACUGUCCUCGGCGUUCCUCGGGAUCCUUCCCACCCGGCUUCUCUCCGGGCAGCUCCUCUUGUUAAGGGCCCACGUCUGCCCGGAGGGUUUCCAGUAUUAUGAGGGUCUCUGCUGCGGCAGAGGCUGUCGGAGAAUUGGCACCCCUUCCUCUGCCAAUAAACCAUUAGGCUCCUACUUGGUGGUGGUCCUCCUCCUCCUUGCGUCUUGUUUAUGAAAUGGGGGGUGUGGG